AUGAAGUGGAAAUGGAGCACGCUAGAUCCAAAAAAGAACGAAUGUCCUUUUCCAUUCAAGCCAUGGCGUACAGCACCAAAUAGAGUCAAUGGGGAAGCAGCGGAAAAUGUGAGAUACGAAAAGAAAAUGGUCAUUGAUAAUAUUCUGGAAGCGAUUGGUGAAACACCGUUAGUUCGCCUAAAUUAUAUACCAAAAAUGUUUGGUGUUAGAUGUCAAGUUUAUGUGAAAUGUGAUUAUCUGAAUCCUGGAGGAUCAAUAAAAGAUCGUAUUGCCUAUAGAAUGGUUGAAUUGGCUGAAGAGAUGGGCUACCUGAAACCUGGAAUGACAAUAAUUGAACCUUCUUCUGGAAAUACUGGGAUCGGCUUAGCACUAGUCGCUGCAGUCAAGGGUUACCGUUGCAUUAUCGUGAUGCCGGAAAAAAUGAGUCAGGAAAAGGAAAACAUUUUGCUGGCUUUGGGUGCUGAAGUAGUACGCACCUCAACGGAAGCAUCAUUUUCGGAUCUCAAGUCACAUAUCGGUGUCGCCUUUAGAUUACAGAAGGAACUUCCCAAUGCUAUUAUCCUGGAUCAGUACACAAACAUCGCUAACCCCUUGGAACAUUACGAUAAAACUGCGGAAGAAUUAUUAUACGCAUUGGAUGAUAAUUUGGAUGUGCUUGUAGCUGGUGCUGGAACAGGUGGUACUAUAAGUGGGAUCGGUCACAAACUCAAGGAAGUUUGUCCAAAGUGUAAGAUUGUUGGUGUUGAUCCUAUAGGCUCAAUUCUUUCUGAUCCAGAACAUAAUGAAGUUUCAACCUAUGAGGUAGAAGGAAUUGGUUACGAUUUUAUUCCUACAGUGUUGGAUCGUGAUAUUAUUGAUUUGUGGAUGAGAAGCAAUGAUAAGGAUUCAUUCGAAACAUCUCGUUUAUUAGCCAAACACGAAGGUUUGCUAUGUGGUGGCAGUGCAGGAGCUAAUGUUUUCUGCGCUAUGCAGGUUGCCAAAGAGUUAACUGAAAAUCAAAAAUGUGUUGUCAUAUUGCCAGAUGGAAUCACUAAUUAUAUGACGAAGUUUGUGAAUGACGAAUGGAUGAAGUGCCGUUUAUUCCGCACAUGA